GCGGCUGUUUGCCUGCAGUAUCAGAAGAAGGAUUUGUUCGGGUCACGCCGUAUCGCCACCUCACCUCUGCACUCACCGGCCAAAGUUCGUCACACACACACACACGCGCAAACAAACAAACGAUGGUUCUUCACAUUUACCACGCCGCUGUCGGCGAGAAGGAGUUCCAGUUCUCUACCGAGAUCAACAAACUCACGCCGGAGUUGUACGAGACGGACGUCCACAAAGCCAUUGAGGAGGUCAGCUCCACCAUUCUCGAGCAACUCGCCGGGGCGGACGCGAUGUGCUGCACAUGCAAGACCGCCCCCGCCACUCGACUCAUCCACCACACAAUGCUCUUUGCAGAGGCGUUCCCUCCGCGCGUGGAGGACCUGCCCCAGCCGGUGUGCAGCUCCGAAAACUGCGCGGCGGUGGCGACGGCGAGUUACAUGAUGGACAUGGAGGACGCGACGACGGCGCAGGGGCUGCCGAGCCCGAAUGGGUGCUUCCGCUGCCAUCGCGGGGCCAACGCGGUGUUAAUGGCAGCCCCGUUGCUGCGCUGCAGUCGCUGCAAGGUUGCUAAGUACUGCACGGCGGAGUGCCAGAAGGCGGAUUGGAAGGUGCAUAAGCAGCUGUGCACAUGUGGGAAGUAG